ACUUAAGACUUAACCCAACCUAUUUGCGACGUCGUUUUACCUUUUCGUCUGACUUGCAGAGGAGGAAACCACUCUGCCAGUCUGAUUCAAACCCUAACUAGCUUGAUUCCACCAUCUCACCAUUUCCAAUCUCAGUUCACUCAAUACCUCUUAUUCUCAUCAAUCCCGUUCCUUCCCUCAAGCUAUUCGUUUCUUUUUCUCUAUUUAAUCUCUUCAGAAGAUGACUGAGGACGUCGAGAUGAAAGAGCUCCCCUCCAAUUCCCUCUUGUCCUCAUCCACUCCUUCCACUCUCCACCAUUUGAAGGAGAUUGCCUCGUUGAUUGAAACCGGUGCUCAUGCACGGGAAGUGCGGCGGAUUUUACGCGCCGUUAGGCUGACGAUGGCGCUGAGACGGAAACUUAAGGCUCCCGUGCUUUCAGCUUUUCUUAACUUUGUUUUGACUCCGGGAUCCGACGUGCACGCGCGCUUAAACUCGUUUCUUCCCAUGGAAGAUGAUAAUGAGAUGGAAAUUGAUACGGUGUCGUCUGUGGCUCAAUUGCCAGUUAAACACUCCUUGCCUGAGAUAGAGAUAUACUGCUAUUUGCUUGUGCUGAUAUUUUUGAUUGACAAGAAGAAAUACGAUGAGGCAAAAGCUUGUUCAUCAGCAAGCAUUGCGCGGGUGAAGAACGUGAAUAGGAGAACUGUUGAUGUUCUAGCAUCCAGACUUUACUUUUACUACUCUCUUUGCUAUGAACUCACUGGUGAUCUUGCUGAAAUUAGAGGUAACCUUCUUGCUCUGCACCGCAUUGCCACACUGCGCCAUGAUGAGCUGGGUCAGGAAACACUUCUCAACUUGUUACUUCGUAAUUACCUCCAUUACAACUUAUAUGAUCAAGCAGAGAAACUGAGGUCAAAGGCACCUCGAUUUGAAGCUCACUCAAAUCAACAGUUUUGUCGGUACCUCUUUUACUUGGGAAAGAUAAGGACAAUUCAGUUGGAGUACACAGAUGCUAAAGAAUCCCUCCUUCAAGCUGCUAGGAAGGCACCUGUUGCGGCACUUGGUUUUCGAGUUCAAUGCAACAAGUGGGCUAUCAUUGUCAGAUUACUGCUAGGAGAGAUUCCAGAGAGGACUGUUUUCAUGCAGAAAGGAAUGGAGAAGGCUUUGAGGCCAUAUUUUGAGCUGACAAAUGCCGUACGCAUUGGAGAUUUAGAGCUCUUCAAGUCUGUUGCUGAGAAGUUCUCAGGUACUUUCAGUUUGGACAGGACACAUAAUUUGAUUGUUAGGCUGCGGCAUAAUGUCAUAAGAACUGGGCUGCGGAACAUCAGCAUCUCUUAUUCUCGCAUCUCACUGGCUGAUGUUGCCAAGAAGCUGAGGUUGGACUCGGCUAAUCCUGUUGCUGAUGCUGAAAGUAUUGUUGCCAAGGCAAUUCGAGAUGGUGCAAUUGAUGCAACAUUGGAUCAUGCAAAUGGUUGGAUGGUGUCAAAGGAGACUGGCGACAUAUACUCCACAAAUGAGCCUCAAAUGGCAUUCAAUUCAAGGAUUGCAUUCUGCCUCAAUAUGCAUAAUGAAGCAGUGCGUGCUCUUCGUUUCCCACCGAAUUCUCACAAGGAAAAAGAAAGUGCUGAGAAGAGGAGGGAAAGACAACAGCAGGAGCAAGAGCUUGCGAAACACAUUGCUGAGGAGGAUGAUGAUGAAUUUUGAUUUUAGUAAUCUGCAAAUACCAUCCAUUUGCACCACGUAAUGUUUUCGUCAAGGUUUUCAUCUUCCUCUGGAACACCACAGUAUAGCAUUUCGGUUCUCUUGUUCAAAUUGACUUUAAUUUGUGAUGACUCUUGCUUUGAUUCAUGUUAGGUUUAAGCUUGAGCAACAGUCGCAAUACUAUUUUGAAUUAAUUUCUGGGUUUGCUCUUGCUCA